CACCUGCGCUCUGUACGGUAAUACUCGUGAGUGACUUCGUACCAGCAGCAGCCCAGCCACUGCUUAGGUACUCGCGACCUACCUUAGUGGCCUUGAUGUCUUGGCCGGUCCCUUCCAGCAGACACAGGAAUCACAAGCGACGGCAGCCUCAGGUUUUAGAGUUUGGAACGUUUGUCAGACUCCUCUCCCCGUCCACUUCCUAAGGUACUCCGUGCAGUACUCCCUUUUCGCUUCUAUUAGUAUUGCCGGGAGUCGACUCCUAGUCCAAAUCAUUGGAGCAGUAAUAACCGACCAUCUCUAAUCCAAAUGCUCAGCUUCUACCUCAACUACCGAUGGCUUUUCUGGAGUCGCCCAUGCGAGAAGAAGGUUGCUCCUCUUGCGCCCGCCCCCGGACUCCGGAGACAUUGGGUCGACACGCCGUCUGGCAACAUUGAGGUUCUCUAUAACGAGCCCGUUGAUGCUUCUUCCGAACUCCGUAUGCCCAUCUUCUUUAUCCAUGGAGGCAUGGGCGGCGCAUGGGUCUGGGCCGAGUACAUGCAGUACUUCGCAGCGCAGGGUAUACCUUGCUAUGCCGUGUCGCUACGCGGUCACGGAAACAGCUGGUCCCCAUCGUACCCUAUGAUGGUUUACUUCACCACCAGGCGGGCGCUGGAAGAAGAUGCCUUGGCCGCGAUCCGUUGGGUUCGGGAACGGGAGGGAGAUGACAUGCUACUUGUCGGACACUCUAGUGGAGGGGGGAUCAGCCAGAGUAUCCUCUCAGACAAAAGACUACGGGUCAGAGGGUUGGCCCUCUUGGGCGCUAUUCCUGGCUUUGGAUCGCUCGGUGUUUACAGGAACUGGGUAGCGCUUGACCCUUGGUGCAUGCUCCGCCUGAUCCUUCAGGGCGGCCAUCCCAACUCGCCCCUUUCGCAUCCGGCGUUGACCAAGCAGUCCUUCUUCAGCGGCGGGGUGUCUGACGCCAAAGUAUUGGAUUUCCAGACACGAAUGUGCCGAUACGAAAGCUUUCUAUGGCCGAUCAGUAUGCUAAGGCCGUUUGUCCAUGUCGAGGACGUGGUGGGAUCCAUUCAGGGCUGGGGCGGUUACCCCGGCAGCGGCAUGACAGCCAGGGUUCUGGUGAUGACGGGUACGGAGGAUAAAUUGACGACUCCUCACAUCAUGAAACGUGUGGCGAUCGCGUACAGAAAUGCGCUUUCGCGCCUUGUGGACACGGAGAAGACCCAUGCCGAGGAAAACCAUAGGAAUAUUGAGGCAAAUGACGAGGGUGAGGAUGACGAUGAAAGCCAGAACCACCAUGAACGUGAUGAAAGGCAUGGAGUCUGGUUCACACUGGUUCCCGGGGCUGGGCACCAUUUGCAGAAUGAUGUGCCAUGGGAAGUUGGGGCGAAGAGGCUGUUGGAGUUCUAUGAGCGACUCUGAGACGGAUGGAAUUGUGAAGCGUUGUGUGGGUGACGAGAUGAGUUUGAAGUCAGGUCGGUAAGUCGGUAGUCAAUCUGGUGGUUCUUGUUCUGCUCGCGAUACAAGCCCUGGGCGGGACAUGGCGAUUGAGGUACCUUAGUUUGAGUUGAGAUCAAGGGGUACGAGAUAUUCGAAUAUUCGAUGAAUGGUCAUCAAAAUACGAUUAGACUAUAAUAAGGUCGUUUCUGGCCCGAGCCAAGUGUAUCAAUGAAUACACAUCAUC